ACCUACUACCUGGUCCUAGGUCACCAUGCACUGAUCCGCAUCUCUCUUUUAUCAUCACCUUGAAAUACAGGUCUGCAGUCUGCCUUCUCCGGCCUCAAUGGUUCUAGGGCGCUGUAGAUAAAGUCUGUUAGCAUAACAAGGCACAACCGGGGGCACGACAAGCUAAAGUGCAUUGCAGGGUGGUGGAUCGCUUGAGUAUAGCAGCUCUGUAGAUGAAGUUGGCACGUUGCCCUGAAUGCUCUCGUACCAUUGCACCUCCAGACAUUUCUAGACUUAGACUUAUGCAGCACAAGGCAGCGUGGACGCAUCAGUGGCACCUGGAUUCCCCGACAGUGCUUUUCCAUGCAAUCUCUGCCGCCAGUAGUUGGUGACAAUCCCCAAGUGAUGGGGUUGCUCAUCCCGCAAGGUCACAAACUACAACGUUAAGCCACGCGGCUAGUCAUUCUUCAAAGCUGUCUGAAAUGUUGGCCCACAAGUUUCGUGAGGCGGUUGAGUCGGAGGAUGUCCCCAGCCGACGGGAACUGCGGCUGCAGAACGUUCCCUGCAUAGAUCCACCAGCAGUGGGCCUCAACACUUUCCCAGAGGCUCGGGCCAGGAAACGUGUGCGGGCUAAUGGUUCUGAGGGCCUUCCGGGGCGAAGGCUUCGCAAGCUCAGUGACAUGUUUGAAGAGCCCACAACCUCGGGAAGGCCGACUGAGAGGAAGGAUCAUGCAGAUCUAGGGAGCGCCCAAGGGGCCCAUGUUGUCGUCUUUUGCAAGCUGGAGGACGGAGCAAGCGUUGCGGACCGCCAGCAGAAAGCUGGGUGCCCCGCCGGGGAGGGGAGUCAGGAGGGGAGUCAGUGCAGCAGACGCGCAGGUAGUGGCUGGCAGUGCCCUUUUCUUGCGCAACCCUACAGAGCGAUGUGCCUCAAGCACAGCCAGCAGAAGCGGUUGGGUGUCAAGAAGGGCGGCAAAGGGGCUUCUUUAGCGCGGACAAACUGCGGGACCAAUAGUUGCUCGGUUGAAGGACGGCCGGCAGUGGGAAAAGAGAGUACGAACGGCAACAAGCAGGUCACAGGAAUGGACUCUCGGAGGCAGCAGGGCCGUCCUAGGAGGCGCAAGUUUGGCAGUCAAACGAGGGAGCGUUUGAGCAAACGACCCGUAAAGCGUGUUGAGGUCCCAAUGCAAUUGGUGGAAGGGGGCCCGGGAGUGGUGGUUCAAUUAGGCAAAGCUCGAGAGGAAGGAGUAGGAGCUGAGGACUGGGGCACGCAAGUCAUUGAUGUGGAGGCCUUGGAAGAAGUCUCGGCCGUCAGCUGCAAGGUUGGAAGAAUUGGGGGACAGCAGUUGGGGGCUGCAGGACAGUGCGUGGAGGUGCGGAAAAGUGCAAGGCUGGCAAAGCGUGCGAGACCAACUGCCCGAAAGCUUCUCGGAAUCGCAGCUCGGAACGGCGACAGAGAUCGCUGUGUUAAGAGACGAAAGGUCUCUGGAGUCAAGAUUGAGCCAGCUUUGCCACAACCAGCAUCAAGCGUUUGCAAGUUGCAAUACGGUGCUGAGGUCGUCUGCAUUUCCGACAGCUCAUCCGACUGCCUCCCGCUUCCUACAAUUAGCUGCGUCGUUGGCGAGUGGAGCGCAGCGGAGCUAGAGAGGAGUAGAUUGGACGGCGCCACGUGGAAGCGCAUGCGGCUGCACGGCAGCACUUUCUAUGCUAAUUUGCUGGAAGCAGUUGGUGGUGCGGCCGCGUUUCAGGAGUGUGAGUGGGGUGGCAUUUUGAAGCACCGCGGGACUGGCAACAAGGGGGAGGCCUUGUUAGGGAUUGUGCCAUCGCGCGUCGGCCGAGGCUCACAUGACCACGUGCAGGUUGCAGAGGACCCCUUCUCGUGGCACUCGCACGCCAUUUUGGCCGACUCGUGGCCCAAUCUGCCCUCCACUGCGGACCUGCUGGGGGUCGCCCGAGAAUCCAACCUCCGCCCGGGGGGCCGGGGCCACGUGCACCUCGUGGUCACGCCGAUCGGGACCUGGGUGCUGCAGGCGACGGAGGAGCUCGUACGGUCGCUGUACGACGGCAGCACGCGGAACGAGGCGGAGGCCGUUCUGGAAUUGCGGCUGCAGCAGAUCUUCGACGCCCACAAGUGCUCGGUUGGCUACCUCCCGGGCGUCGUCCCCGUAGACGCACCCGACUUCUGGAUGGACGGGCAUGAGGCCGCCAUCCGGGACGCUCUCACCAAGGGCGACGUCGAGGCGCAGGUGAGGGCGUACGCGAAACAACUAGAGAAGGACGCGGACUUUGUGGUGGGCUUCGUUGGCCAUGGAGCAGCCGACGCGUGCUUCCCCCUCUGCUGCAAGCCGGCGAGCCAAAGGGCUCUACGGGAGAAGCCAUUACUUGGGAAAGUGGCUGCCCUCCUUUGAGAAGGCACCCUGGGGAAUAAAUGGCAGCUACAGGGGUAGGGUGCGGUACGCUGAACUGACCGUGCGUGCUGAUCUGGAACUCUCUGAAUUGAAUCUCCUUGCAGCAUUGCAGAAGCAGAUACAUGGCCCACAGGAACUGCCGCGCCUGUUUUUGUCUUGCUGGGAUCAACUUUAUCUUGCGCUAGUCAGCUCAGCUGGCUUGAAUUGUGUAUAUUCUGAAAACGUU